AUGACUUCAAUUACUGCCCCUCAAAUGGCAUUCCGUGCCCAUCGUGCUGUUUCUUGUGCUCCCAAAUGGACCAGUCUCUCCGGCAUACCCCGGACUCAGCCGGCCCUCCGCCGGUUCUUUGCGGCUUCUACCCAGGAACAGCCGCGUCUGCGUCUGGGAUCAACUGCACCCAACUUCAAGGCGUUGACCACAAAGGGUGAAAUUGAUUUCCACGACUUUAUUGGAAACAACUGGGCCAUCCUCUUUUCCCACCCGGCCGACUUCACCCCCGUCUGCACGACUGAAUUGGGCGCCUUCGCGAAGCUGAAGAAUGAGUUUGAGAAGCGUGGUGUGAAGAUGAUUGGCUUGAGUGCGAAUGAUAUUGGCUCUCACGGCGAAUGGAUCAAGGACAUCAACGAAUGUGCUUCGACUGACCUGCAGUUUCCCAUCAUUGCCGACGCCGAUCGCAAGAUCGCUUUUCUCUAUGACAUGAUUGAUCAGCAGGACCUAGACAACCUUGACGAGAAGGGUAUCGCGUACACUAUCCGCUCUGUCUUCAUCAUUGACCCAAGCAAGAAGAUCCGUCUGACGAUGAUGUAUCCCGCUUCGACUGGCCGCAACUCUGCUGAGGUUCUACGCGUGAUUGACUCUCUGCAGACGGUCGACAAGAAGGGCGUCACCACGCCAAUCGACUGGCAAGUGGGUGAUGACGUGAUCGUUCCCCCUUCUGUCUCAACCCCUGACGCGAAGAAGAAGUUUGGUGAGGUUCGUGAGGUUAAGCCUUACCUGCGGUACACGAAGGUCUAA